CAAACUAACAAAACCCCAACCAAAAAUCAAAUCUUUCUAAACCCAACUCAUCCACCUUAAAGGGGUUUGCAAGAACCUGAAAAUCUGAUAGGAAAUAUGGCAACUUUUUUCACUUCACUCGGACCCAAUUCUGUACUGUCUCCAUUUACAGAACGUACAAGAACCCUAUAUCCAGUUUUUUACCGAACCCACUUUGGAAAUCUUCCAACUUACAAACCCUUUUCACGGGGCGUGCUCGGAGUAGCUCGAUUCGGGUUGGGUCAGGAUCCGUUUCCUGGCCCGGAAACUGCAGAGAUGCUUUUCAAAGACCUGUUUGCUCGGGCUGAAGGGUUUUUGUAUACAGUUGCUGAUGCUGCUGUUUCUGGUUCUGCUGAUACGGUUGUUAACACUGUUGAAAGUAGUAAACAGAAUGGUGAUUGGCUUUCUGGUAUUACCAAUGGAAUGGAGUCUGUCCUGAAGGUUUUGAAGGAUGGACUCUCAACUUUACAUGUGCCGUAUUCUUAUGGUUUUGCAAUCAUUCUACUAACAAUACUAGUAAAAGCUGCAACUUUUCCUCUAACAAAAAAACAGGUAGAAUCAGCAAUGGCAAUGCGAUCUAUGGCACCUCAAAUAAAGGCUAUUCAGGAGCGAUAUGCUGGAGACCAGGAGAGGAUUCAACUUGAAACUGCUCGUCUUUAUAAAUUAGCUGGCAUAAAUCCACUGGCAGGAUGUCUGCCGACCCUUGCCACUAUACCUAUAUGGAUUGGGCUUUACAGAGCCCUCUCUAACGUGGCAAAUGAGGGGCUUCUGACAGAAGGCUUCUUCUGGAUACCCUCACUAGCUGGUCCAACAACAAUUGCCUCUCGACAAACUGGAAGUGGCACCUCUUGGCUUUUCCCUUUUGUAGAUGGUCAUCCUCCACUUGGUUGGUCCGAUACUUUUGCAUAUCUUGUCUUGCCUGUACUGUUGGUUGUCUCUCAGUACAUCUCUAUUCAAAUUAUGCAACCAUCUCAACAGAGUGAUGAUCCAAAUGUGAAGAACUCUCAAGCAAUAACUAAGUUUCUCCCUCUAAUGCUUGGUUACUUUUCACUGUCAGUUCCUUCUGGUCUGAGCCUAUAUUGGUUCACAAACAACAUACUUAGCACCGCUCAACAAGUAUGGCUUCAGAAGUUUGGGGGUGCAAAAACUCCAGCGCUGAAAUUAAGUGAUGAUACUUCUAGGAAAGAGCAACUUGGGGGUGCAAAAAUUCCAACCCUGAAAUUAAGUGAUAAAACUUCUAGGGAAGAACAACCUCAAAUUCAGAAACAAGUCUCUGAAGCAACAAUAACUAAAAAGAAAGACGAGAAUCCUACAUCAGAUAGGCCCCGCCAGGGUGACAGGUUUAAACAGUUAAAGGAACAAGAAGCAAGAAAACGGCAACAGAGGGAGGAGGAGAAGAGGAAAGCUGAAAUAGCAGCCAAUAAGAAAGAAGAUAAGCCAGUUGAGAUAGAAAAUAGUAUCAGAACUGACUCUGUUAUUGGUGAUUCUAUCUCUAAGAGUCUCAAUGCUUCCACUUCUGAAUAUUAUCGUGUCGUAAAUGGUGAUAGUGCUUCCUCUGAAGUGAAGGAAGAUGAAAGAAAACAGAUUGGUGAAAUUUCAGAUGAUCACAACCGUGGAGUCAAAAAUUGAAAGCAAUAUACUUGGCGAAACUGUUACUUCUACCAGAGCUACAGAUAAGAAACUUGCACUUGAAGAUGUACAAGAAGACAGAUGGAUAAGCAACUUAAACAAAAGGCUAUACAUUUUACAAGCUUAUUUGGUUCUCCACCCAUACUUGAGUCGGUUGAAGUUCAUCAGGAACUUGCAACAUCUCUAAACGCGCUGCUAUUAUUGUGUUUGCAGCUUGGAGGGACCAGGUUCUGACAAGAUUUUACUUUUGGAAGCUGCAAAGUUGUAAAUUAUGAUGUUCAAAAUGGCAAUCGCUGCGGAUUCUUUAACGAGCAUAGUUGGGUUUUUGGUGUAAAGGAUCUGCUUUAGUACCUAAAAAAGGAAAGUAGAAUUGUUGUAGAGCAAUGCUAUAUUGCAUCUCAAUGUGUUGGGGGUCCUUUUUUCUUUUUCUUUUUACUUGUCUGCAGUAACAGAAAUUGGAAGUGACAUGACGAAUUUUCUUGCUCUACCAUACAACGUGGAAGUGAAAUUGCUUUAUUGGUAGAA